AUGUCUCCCGUUUCGACCGACGGAAGCGAAUGGUCAGGAAUAAAUCAAUAUUCGCUCCCAUCACCGAACUCCAUCCGCAGCGCAUUCCCUACUCCACCGUCGUCUGGCUCGCAAUCCCAUGGCGGUCCUUCAGAUUCGACUUCCAUCUCGUCUAACAGCCUCACACUCCCACCAGCUAGAAUGUCACAGAAGGCAUCACCACCGAGCUCGAUUGCGUCACGGUCGAGAGAAAGUAAUGGCACACUCUCGGACCAGAGUGGUGCUAGGAGACAGAGGAUGGAGGAUAUGCUGUCCCAGCACUACAUCGUACUGAGAAGAUACCUCCAAGGUCCGUCCAGAGACGAAUCGAAUAUACGGUCAAAUAAGGCUAGAGAUAAGCUUUUACGGCUGUCUCCUGUCCUGUUCCUCGAAUUGAGUACAGACGUCUACGACGAACUACUUAGACGACAGGCUGUCGUGGCUGCUUCUCGUCCAGGUCCUCCAGGUCCACGGCCGGAGGUUCCUCCCCACCUACUUCCCCGACAAGAAUAUCAUAAAAAACGUAAUCAGGCGCGCCAGAAGCUAUCCUCGUUACAGGAUCAGCGGUUUAAAGACCUUGCGACAGAUGUGUUUUGUGAGCUAGAGAGACGGUUUCCACACUUUGCUGGUCCAGACAUGAGCAGGCGCGGGAGCCCUGCACCCAGUAUGGGAGGACGUUAUGGCGGCCCACGACCGGACUCUAACGGACAAGGCUACGGGUAUCCAGGCACUCCAAACGGAUCUCGUGGCCCUCCGCCGGGUUCUAGAGGCCCUGGAUAUCCUCCUGGUCCUGGUGGCCGAUUCCCCCCUCGACAAGGCUCCCUCGGGGGCAUGUCUGCUACAGGAUUGGGCAUAAACGGCGAAGCGAUUCCGGAAAACGCACCCUAUCAAAAAUCUUUCCAGAAUAAUACCGUUGUGCCUAAUAAAAGUACGCUAGUGGAAGACGAUGACGCCGACGAUGACGAUGAUCGGCGAAGUGAUGCCUUUGCGCUAGAUAAGGUGCUUGAUAGCAGGAGAGAUCUGAUGACAAGCGCUAGUGGUGCAGAACGUGAUAGAAAACUUGCUGAUGCUGAGGCGCAGGUAUCUGAGCUUCAAAAAAGGGUAGAAGAGCUGGAGUUGAUGCACAAGGAGAAGGAGGAGGAAAUAAGCUCUCUCCGGGGAAGCAAGGAUAGAUCAAGUGGAUGGGAGGCGGAGAAAGCUGGAUACGAAGAGAUGAAGCGAGAGCUGGAAGAGCAAUUAUCCAACACGCAUAACCUUAACAAUUCGGUUCUCUCACAGCUCGACGAGGCUCGGGAUCGGCAGAGAAGUGCUGAGAUGGAGCUAGAUCAGCUUCGUCAAGAAAGAUCCGUCGGUGGCAACGCUUCUGCUUCUAGUGACGACGGAAACGAAUGGAGAACCCGAUUCGAGGACCUUGAUCGGGAGCAUGAAUCUCUCAAAGCCAAACUCAAGCAUCAACAAGAAGUCACGGAACAAGUGCGGUUACAAGCCUCGGCGUUCCUGCAGGAAAUGAGAGCGUUGUCUGACGGGCAAAACUCGAAUUGGGAUCGCGAGGAACGUCUAGCACGAGAUGUAGACCGACUAGAGGCAGAAGUCAAGCACUGGAAGAACCGAUACGCAAAAUCAAAGACACAACUGCGGCACCUUCGAUCCUCCUCAAUCGGAUUACCUGAACACCUUCCGGACACGAAUAUCAUUGCAAAGGAGAACGACCUAACUCAGCCUGACGGGCUGGUCAAAGAUGUACACAUUACCAAGUUCCAAAUGGCUAUUGAUGAAUUGUUACGCAUUGCACGCUCCGACGAGCCGUCUAUGGUAUUGGGACAGAUGAAGGGUGUUGUGCUUGCUGUCCGAUACAUCACACAAGAUCUCGAUAACGCCCAAAAGAGAAACAAACACGACGACGACGAUGAAUUGCUCAGAGUACGCACCCGAGCCAAAGCACAAGUCUCAGCAACCGCAAACAACCUCAUCACUGCUUCAAAGAAUUUCGGCAACUCCAACGGCCUGUCGCCCGUCUCUCUUCUGGAUGCAGCUGCCUCUCACCUCACUGCAGCAGUGGUCGAUCUAGUCCGGAAAGUGAAGAUUAGACCAACCCCAGAGGACGAGCUUGCAGAUGAUGAAGGAGACGAAGACCAGCUCGCACCCAUGCAGUCACCUGGAUACUUCAGCGUAGCUCCAAGCCUGACCCGAUUCAGCGGCAACGAGUCUAUCUACAGCGCCAUCAGCUCUCCGCCGUCAUUACGAUCGAGGGCCAACUCCCACGUCAUGUCACGAAACCGGUUGUCAGGAGCUAAACAUGGCUAUCCCGGUCUGUCUCCUGAUAAGGAGCUAGAAGAGCUCAGGCUCCACCUGGAAGACCAAACCAGCGCCCUCGUCCAUUCCAUCCAAUCCCUCGUGGCCAGCAUACGAGGCGAAGACCCCAUUUCCUCUAUCCAGAUGCACAUCAACACCAUUGCAGGCGCUGUCGAGAAGGUAGUCUCCUCGACGGAAAUGGCCAUGUCGAAACCCGAUGCCAACCCUGCGCUGCGUGAACGUGCAGUCCCCGUGAUAGAAAUACUUGCUCGACACCGUGAUGACCUUCUCGACGUUGGCGCUGCAGGCGGCAAGACGAGUGACUCCACCGUGAUACGUGAACUGAAUAGCAAGCUGCCACCCAUCGCAUUCCAGAUAGCUCGAGAGACGAAAGAGCUUGUGCAGCGUGUCGACCAGAUCGAGUAUGCCAGCCAGAACAACGAGGAAGAUGAUUUCCGUUAA